ACGGCGUCACGUAGCGCGCUGUUAGCAAACAUGUUUUGAUAAUCGUAUAAAACUAGUUUAUUGUUUACAAAUUUUUCAGUACUAACUCAACAUUCAAAGGAGAAGGUACUCACAGUUUUAAAAGCAAUAAUAUAAAAAGACAUUCAAUUUUACGAGAACUUCAUAUUUUUGAAAGUGACGUGCUAAGAAAGUGAACGAGAGUGAAGUGAAUGUAAAAAGUUUGUUUUGGUUUGCUCGGCUGCGAUUGGCAGAACUGUUAUCGUGCGAUUUUACGUCACUCGUAUCUGUCAUUGAUUUAUUUAUAUUUUUCGUCAAGGCUUUACGUAAAUAUUAGAUUUGCUGCAGCUGUGAAUCGAGACUGCUGCUGUGAUAGCGUGAUAUCCAAUCGUCGAGAGAGUUAUUUGUACUGACUGUGACAUUACGAUAAACUAAAUGUGAAGUGACGGUCGCUAGCGUACGUUUCGCCUAAGAAUUUGCUUUGUAUCUAGAAAUUAGAUACAAAUCUAAGUGACUGGUGUGUAAAUAAAUAAAUAGACUGUGUUUUACGUGCACUGAGAUCGAAUAAAGCUUUAAAUAUGUCGUCGUUGGGCAGUCAGUGGCGGAUUAUUCGGCACUAUCUGUCGAUGACCAACUUGAAUGCUGAAGUUGAAAAACUCGUGCAGAGAAUGAAACCAGCCUCUCCAGAGCAGUGGGACAAUUUAAUUAGGAAAUUUGAAAAAGCAGUCACAGCUAGAUUAUCAACAACAACUAAAGAAAUUGAACCAACCAUUGAAAAGAAGACUGUUACUAAAGAAACUACCGCAAGGGCCACAGAUGAGAAACCCUUUAAAAUACCUAAUCAAGAUGAGAAGUUUCCACAGGAGGGGCUGUCGGUGGGUUCGGAGGCCAAGGAGAUCACCAUGGAAGGUCUAUGGCAAGGGUUGAAGUUGAAGAAGGAUAUUCAUUUUGGGAAAAUAUCGGAGAACAGCUGGAAAUCAAAUAAGCCUAUAGUUACAAAGAGUUCCAUCCAUUCCCGGACCGCAUACGUGAUAUCCGCGCUCGUGACGGCGGAGACGACGGAAUGCCUCAUGAGAAGGACGGUGCACUUCAUCGACCAUUUGAAACAGUAUCCUGAGUCUAGGGACUAUGCUAUUAAGGAAGGUGCCGUGCGUGCACUUUUGAGGGUACAACGAAGACUGAGCGAUGAUAAACCUGUCACCAAAGAGACUGCGGGCAUCGUGAAAGAGGCCCUAGCCCUAAUGGGCUACACUGGCCCCACAAAAGGCCCCGGCCCCAACAUCUUAUCCAUCGACGGCGGCGGCAUCCGAGGCCUCAUCGCCAUUGAAGUGCUAAGACAUUUGGAGAGACUCACAGGCAGGAGAGUGCAGGACAUGUUUGACUAUAUCAUUGGAGUCAGUACGGGGGCUAUCAUAGCUGCUGUCAUUGGCGGAGGCGUGGGUACUCUAGACACGGCCAAUCAAAUGUACAUGACGCUAUCUAAGGAAAUGUUCGGGAACACCUCACUCAUUGGAGGUACAUCUAGGUUAGUUUGGACACAUUCCUACUAUGACACGGAUGCGUGGGAGGCACUACUCAAAAGAAAUCUCGGAGAUUGUACUCUUACGGAGUGCAAUAGGAACGAUACGCCUAAAAUGGCGCUAGUGUCGUGCGUAGUAAACGCCGGCUCAAAACUCUCACCAUUCCUCUUCCGCUCCUACGAAUGUCCGUUCCGGGUCCGUUCAGUGUUCCCCGGAACCGCCCGAGCACAACUGUGGCACGCGGUUAGGGCAUCAGCCGCCGCACCUACGUAUUUCAACGAAUUUAGACUGAACAAUCUAUUACACCAGGACGGUGGCAUAAUGGUGAACAACCCAACCGGCGUCGGCCUCCACGAAGCCAAGCUCCUCUUCGGCGCCAAAGCGCUCCAGAACGGGACGGUCAUUUCCGUAGGCACCGGCAAAGCGUUGCACAAUCACCUGGACUACCAGAGCCUAAGCAAGGGACUACAGAAGGAAGCACCUGGGACCAGCUGGAAGGACAAGUUUAACAAGAUUUUGGACUCUGCUACGGACACUGAAGGUACCCACCUAGUGUUGAACGACCUCCUCCCGCCGGGCAGCUACUACCGUUUCAACCCGCCCCUCAUGGAAGAGUGCGCCAUGGACGAAAUCAACCCAGAGAAGCUGAACAACCUGGUUACGGACACACAGGCCUACAUACGCCGGAAUCAACACAAGUUCCAACAGGCGGCAGCCAUGCUGGUACGAAAGCGGACCAUCGCGCAGAAGGUAAUGGACUUUGUCGACUACCAAAGCCAGAUUAUGGGCGUCGUCGCCAAGUGACAGUUAACUCAUCAUCGUCAGCUUGCUGAUGAAUGAUGAACGAAUGAGUGAAUGAUCGUCUAGUCUAAGUGAAUGAGCGGAUAGACAUGUAGGGAGGAGUUUUGUGACUGAUUAUCAUGGAUAUAUUUUUUUUUUACUUUGUCGGGCGUUGGGGCCAAAUGACUGUUGAGUCAUCCUCAUCAUAUAACUGAUGAAUGAUGAACGAUUGAGUGAAUGGUUGUCUAGUCUAACGUAUUAGAAACAGUUUGAAAUUGUGCUCUCUGGUUCUAUUAAAUUAAACCGAUUUAUCCAAAUUGAUGAAAUCUGUUCCAAGAGUUGACCGGAAAGUAGGAUUUCGUAUGAUUUUGAUCGUACAAUAACGGAUUUAAUUCUUAUUCUGCGAAACAGUAGAGGUGUAUAUGUAUAAAUAUAUAUGUCUGGAUGAAAAUUACUAAACCGAAAAUGAAAAAAAAUGCAGAUCACAUUAACUAUACCAAGCUAUGUGUGUUCAAAAACAGGUCUAAUAAGAGUAAUAAGUCAAGUAUAUUUGGCGUUUUAGCUUCACAAUUUGGCCUAAUAUUGGAACAAUUGGGAAGCAACUUCCCGAAGCAUUUUGUUAUGUCUUGGACUUUGAUUGACAUGUUUAUUUGUUGUGUUUGUAUAUUGAAUCAAUAUAUCUGUGUGCCAAUACGGGUGUAAACACGGAAAUAAACAGGUAUAUUUUAAUCUUAUUGCAAUGGCAUAAGGCGAAUAAGUGUGUAUGUAAUUAUUUGGUGGUGAACUUGGCACUUAGAGUGUCAACAAUUUAUUAUUAGAUGAGGCAUGUCACAAUAGGCACUUUUAUACGCUAAAGUCUAGACUAAACUUAUGCGGCACACAUUUGGUUUGGUUAAAAUGAGGGUAGUAUUAGUACACCACCUUUUUGUAAUUUUUCUCAGGUAGAAUUUUUAAAACUGUAAGGAGCGGACGAGGAAAUAGUUAUUUGUUUUACAAGGGAGCAAAGUUGUUGUUUAACCGCAUGUGCCA